GCGACGAGCACGAGCAACUGCAUUUUAACCGGUCACCGUCGUAACCAGCCUCGUGCCUAUUGCAUCAGAAUAUGACAUGCAAAAUUGAUCUCUUGGUUCCUUUUGCGAGAUGGGGUCCAGAAGAACCUAGUCUUGUCAUAGCGUGCUGCCGAAGUAGCCAAUCAUGCCGAGCCAGUCCUUUUGACAUGCAGGGCGUAGCUAGUCUGCUAGUCUUUUCCGCAUCCAACAAAGGAUUCGCAGCCUCAUACAUAAGGUACAUGGCUCCCAUCAAGAUAAAUCAUCCCGAGGAACCGAUAAACUUUCAUACGGCCGAAGUGCAAGCCGCCACAGACCAUACCAGGACACCCAAAAGCCGAAGGGAGACUAGGUCAAGCCAGCCUUAACUAAGCUUGUUCCCGAGUCCUCCUGUCAUCACAACCCUAGAUCCAGAAAAAUGAGCGCGACGGAGACAAUCGCGCUCUCGAGCGUUGCGCCAAAGGUUCCGGAUCAAAUUCACCAUCCUUUCGACGGACCAGGAAACUCUCCUUCAUCAUCACCGUCCAUUUCGAGCACAGGUCUCAGCAUUCCCUCCACUCCCCCGAGUGACGAGCAAAAUGUCGCACUGGCGCAAUUGGCGAAACCCAAGCUCUCUACUGCAAGACUUAUACUUACCAUCUUCGUGCCUUCGCUCAUCGGGUUCUGGGCCUCCUUCACGAAUGGGAUAAUCACUGUCGGGCUGCCGGUCAUAGCGCGCUCAAUCAGUCUUGAGCGUGCGCUGUAUCUAUGGCCCCAAAGUGUCUACGGGCUGACAUCAGGCGCCAUCCUCCUCAUCGCCGGAAGCGUUGCGGACAUUUGCGGCGCGAGGAUCGUCGAACUGCUCGGGAUUUUUUUGCUGGGUGCAAUGACGUUGGCAUGCGGUCUGGCCCAGACGGGUGUCCAGCUCGUUGUUUUCCGCGCAAUCCAAGGCGUUGCUCUAGCUAUGCACUUGCCUGCUUCAGUUUCGAUCAUUACGACGGCAGUGCCCGCAGGCAGAUCGCGCAACUUGGGGUUCGCCUGCUUAGGAAUGAGCCAGCCUCUGGGAUUCUCUGUUGGCCUGGUGUUGAGCGGUAUCAUGAUUGAAAAGGCAGGAUGGAGGUCCGGUUUUUAUUUGAGCGGAGGCGCAACUCUCGUCGCGGCUGUUGCUGCAUACUGGGCGCUACCAAAAGUAAACACAGCGGUAGCUGCUGGCUCGCGAUCCACCUGGGAGAGACUAAGAAAGGACGUCGAUUGGGUGGGAGGUGUCAUCGCGAGUGGAGGACUCGCUACCUUGGCAUAUGUCCUUGCCAUAUUGAGUGCCGAUCUUUCUACCAUCAGAUCCGCGGAGACGGCGUCACUCCUUGCCGUUAGUCUUGUACUUAUCCUCGCCUUCCCAGCCUGGAUGCACUUCCAGACCCGCGCCGGAAGACCCGCUCUCAUCCCCAACAGCCUCUGGAAGAACGUCCCAUUCUCUUCAACCUGCAUCAUGGUAGCCCUCUCCUACGGCGUUAUGAACUCCGGAGAAAUCUUCGCUAGUUUGUACUUCCAAGAAGUGCAGAAUGCGUCCACACUGACGACAUCACUUUACCUGCUCCCCAAUCUCGUUACAGGGGUCUUCAUCAACCUCACUGUUGGCCUGGUGGUGCACCGCGUCCCUGCGAGAUGGCUUGUUUCUGGCUCAGCCGUCAUCUGCGCAUGUUCUCCGCUCAUCAUGGCACUGGUCAAUCCGGCCUGGAACUACUGGUAUUUGGAGUUCUGGGCCCAAGUUUUCGCGCCUUUCAGCGGCGACGUUCUCUUUACCGUCGGCUUGAUCAUAGUGUCUGAUAGCUUCCCCGAAAAAACGCAAGCGCUGGCCGGAGCUGUUUUCAACACAGUCGCGCAGUUUGGCAUGAGCUUGGGCGUCGGCGUAUGCCAGGUGGUUGCCCUUGGGGUUAUGGAUAGUAGCAGUGGCGCGAGCCAUGCUGGCAAAGAGGGAGAAGCUUUUGAAGAAGAUGCGGGACAGGUGUUGAAGGGUUAUAGGGCAAGUUUCUGGACCAUGUUUGCCUACAUGCUGGUCUGUGUUGUGAUUGCGGUGGUUGGGCUGAGGAAAGCGGGCAAGGUGGGCUUGAAGAGGGAGUAGGAGAUCGCCUCUGUCUGUAAAUAUGCAAGGCUAUCAUAAGAACGAAAUCUAGC